UAAUCAAUACAAUUGGUUUUUCACCUAUUUCAUAAAUACAGCUGUUUGUAUUUAACUUUUUUAAUAGUAUUUAAAACCUCAAACCGAAAGCAGACAUCAUGGGCUUUCUCACAGUAUUAAAAAAGAUGCGUCAAAAGGAGAAGGAAAUGCGUAUUUUGUUGCUUGGCUUGGACAAUGCUGGAAAGACAACUAUACUAAAGCGUUUCAACGGAGAGUCCAUUGACACAAUCUCGCCCACUUUGGGCUUUAAUAUAAAGACUUUGGAGCACAAUGGUUACACACUCAACAUGUGGGAUGUGGGCGGCCAGAAAUCAUUGCGUUCGUACUGGCGCAAUUAUUUUGAAUGCACAGAUGGUUUAGUUUGGGUAGUGGACAGUGCAGAUCGCAUGCGUAUGGAAAUGUGCAAAGAUGAAUUACAAGUUCUGCUAAAAGAAGAACGCUUGGCAGGUGCCACAUUAAUUGUAUUGUGUAACAAACAGGAUUUGCCAGGCGCGCUGAGCUCAAAUGAAAUCAAAGAGAUAUUACGUUUAGAUGAUAUCACCACCCAUCACUGGCUAGUGGCAGGAGUGAGCGCAGUAACAGGCGAAAAGCUGCUGAGUUCCAUGGAUUGGCUUAUAGAUGAUAUAGCAAAACGAAUAUUUACACUAGAUUAAACAUAUUCCAUAAAUAUUAAAGUUACUUGGUUAAAUUACUUCUCCAACAAAUACAUUUUGUAU